AUGGGGAAAGGCGCCUCGCCUUCUUUCUCCUCUCUCUCUCCUCUUCACUCUUCCGGCGGCAAGGCUUCUUCUCCUUCUCGAUCCUUCUCUCUCUGCUUGCCUUUUUGUUCGUCCCUGCCGUGGCGCCCUCUUGCCUCUCUCUGCGUCUCCAAACAGCGUUGCUUUCCGGUUUCUCGAGUUUAUCUGCCUUCGUGUUCACCCCUGGCCCCUCGUUUGUCCCCGUCGUAUUCACCUUCGUUAUCUCACUCUCUCUCCUCUUCUCUUUCUGUCUCUUCGUCCUUUUCCCUUUCCUUGGCGUCUCAUUUGAAUCCAGCGCGGGCCUCGCCCUCUCCAAGGCUUAGCUUUUCUCAGCCGCAUCUGCUUGUCUUUUCUCGUCGCCGCCAGCGCUGUCUCCGUCACCCAGCUCCCUGUCUCCACCCCACACGUACACUCAGCGCCUCCCUCGCAGCCGCUGCCUCGGACCAAUCUCCGCGUUCUCAGCCCGCAAAUAAUGCCCAUAGGAACGAUUUAAGUCGAGUCUUUUGCGACUCCGCACGAGACGGAGAAGCAGAUCUGCGCGAGAAGACCGAGGCCGGCACUGCACACCGCCACGGAGGCGAACCCCCGGUAGAUGUCGAGUCAGAGGGCGACUCUUGCCUGAUUGCCAAGUCGAGACACAGCCCGCGCUCCUUGACAGGACCCAUUCGCGAUGAGGCGGCUAGACGGGAGACUUCGCGGGGCGCAGGAGGUCGGGAAAAUGAAACACGUGCGCGAACCGCCCGCGGUGUGGAACCGAAGCGGAGAGGAUCGAGCAGGCAUGGGGACGCGCUGAAAGAGGAUUGCACUGUCUCUCCGCUUCCGGACCCUUCGGAAAAGGAGGAAUAUCACAAGCUCGUGGAAACGCUGAGAGCCUGCGAUCGCGCGUACCACGUCGGAGCGCACUCGCCCCUUCCAGAUGCGGUGUAUGACCAGUUGAAAGCCAGACUUUUGCACCUGGAGGAGGUACACCCUUCCCUUGUGACGCCGGAAAGCCCGUCGUCCUACGUCGGCGCGGGACCGUUCGCCUCGGUUACAUCUCCUCGCGGUCGAGCUUCUGCAUGCAAUACUUCUCCCGCUUCUUUUCCGACUUCCUCUUCUCUGUCUCCGACUUCCUCCGCUCCUUCCCCGCGUUCCUCUUCUGUUUCUCCGUCUUCGUCGCCUCUUUCUUUUCCUUCUUCGCCUUUGGCUCCACAUGCGCAUCCCUCGUCCUCGCCACGGAGCGCGCCGUCGCGGGUUCGCGAGAGAAACGGGAAGGUAGAGCGAGGCGAAACGCGGAGCGAAGAAGUCAUUCCGACGUGCAAAGACGCCGAGCCGAGAAUCAUUUUCGGCGCUCGAGGGAGAAAGCGGAUCUACCACCUUGCUCCGAUGCUGUCGCUGACUGUCGUCAAAGAAGGCGACUGCGACAAGCAUCUCGUGCACGCGGUUGCACAAACUUGCAAACCUCUUGGGCUUCGCUGGCCUCUUCGAGAGGAGACGAAGGGAAAAAAGAAGAAAGAGACCGAAAGGCGCACGGCCUGCCCUACUGGAGCUGCGAACCCUGCAGCGACAUCUUCCUUUGGCCCAGUCUCUCGUCGCGCCGCAUGCCCCUCCACGGCGGCCUUCCCCGAGUCGUCCCCGGCACCUUGUGCUCCUGUCUCUGUUUCGUCGCCGUCGCGUCCCGCGUCGGAUUCCCCUUCCACAGGCGCCCCCGUCACACCCCAGCUGGCUUUGCCCCUCGCAUUUCUCGCCGAGCCAAAGAUCGACGGGAUUUCCUGUGCGCUUCGCUUCAAGGGUCGGCUGCUCGACUCGGCCCCUCCGUCACCGUCUCGCUCCACUCCGGUCUCUGACGCGAAUGUUGUCGAUGUCACCGCCUCUUCUUCUGGAUCCCUAUUUCCUUUUCCAGGCUCGCUCGGAUCCCCGACACGCCACACGACGGCCGCUGCGUGUGCGUCGCCCUCGCAUUCUCCCUCGGCUCCCCGCCCGCCUUUGCAAGGGAGCGGAGCAUCGCCCCUCCCUCGCGACGCCUCUCACUCCUCUUCGUCCUGUGGGUUUCCCUCUUCUGCAUCUCUCGCUUCAUUUGCCGGUUCUCGUCCCGCGCGCUUCUCCUCGCGGGUUCUUUGGGAACUUGUCGACGCAUCGCCGAGGGGGAACGGCAGCUGGGGCGAAGAUAUUUCUCACAGCGUCCGCGUGAUGCACCAAGCAGGCCGCCUGCCGGUCGCCUUCUCCACGAGACUCCUCACCUCCCAGCCUCUUGCGCCGGGUGCCCUCGCCAACCAGUUUCUGGAGAUUCGGGGCGAGUUAUUUUUGCCCCGCUCCAACUUCCAAGACUACGUGGAGCGCCGCCGAAAGGAAGGCAAAAAUACCCCCCUUCAUGAAAGGCACGCGGCAAGGGGAAUUGCGGAUACGGGUGAGCACGCCGACCUUCUUUGCUUCGCAGCCUACGGCCUCGUCGAAUCGGCAGAAGUCGCGAGUGACACAACAGAAAUCGAUUCCGAACGCUCUCCGGACAAAGCAAGCUCGCCUGUGCUGGUGGCGCCCCAUGACAGCCGUCCGCCUCCGGGUGUACGUACAGCAGGAGCCGACGCGCUGGCGGCGGCCCCAUUUCGCGAUCCGGUUCUCUCGCUCGAAGUUAAAGACGCGGAUUCGGCACAGCGCGCUGCAGACUCAGAUUCCCGACUUGCCCGCAAGCAUCAGCACUCUGAGGAAUCCAUAGGAGACCGUCAGCGACACGGCGGCGAAGAAACGAAACACGAACGCAGAGUUGUCCAUACACUGGCCACACAAGAUGAUUUGCUUUUCUUCCUCGAGCGUCUGGGAUUUUCCACGUUUCGAGAUAAGACCCGAGUCUGCACGACUGUCGAGGAAAUGCACUCCGCAUUCGCUUUCUUUCACACGCACGUCACAGCGGAAACGGUAAACGGAGAUCAAAACGAGAACGCCCGCCCCCAGGUCGGACAUGCAGAAACCGCAGACGCAACGCAUUCGCUUCCGUCAGCAAAAGCGUGUGCCCAUGGAGAGCCGCAGUCUUGUUCCUCCUCAGCUCCCCCUCUCGCUUUUCCCUCGUCUUCUUUGUCCUCUCUGACCUCGCUCGCGUCUGCUUCCUCUGCGCGUUCGUCUUCGCCGUCAUCUGGAACGUCGUUUUCUGGAGGGGCUUUUCCUGUGUCCUCGUCAACUUCGUUUCCCCCCCUUUCGGAUGUUCCUGCUGACGGCGUCGUGUUCAAAGUGCUGUCGCUGCCUGCGCAACUGCUUCUUGGGAACCGCGCGACUGGGCCGCGGUGGGCGUUCGCGCGGAAAUUCCCGCAGCCGUUUGCGCUCUCGAGGAUCCGCGAUUUUGCCUUCUCUGUCGGGCAGUUCGGCUACGUCCACGUCGUCGCCGCUCUGGAGCCCGUGCGCCUCGGGAACCUCACAAUUUCCCGAGCCUCCGUCGGCACGAUCGAGACACUGGCGCGCCGUGGACUCGCCGUCGGCGACGAGGUGUAUGUACACCUCAGCGGCCACACGACGCCGUUGAUUGUCGGGAUUCAGGAGGCCCUCGGGGUGUCUGCGGAGACUGGCUCGAACGGUGCCGAGAGGAAACGAAGCAAAGACAGGAACGAAGCGUCGGCAACGCCUCGCUCCGGCGUCGAUGCCUCGUUUCCGGCUAACUGUGGAGGGGGAAAGUUCGAAGUAACACCUGCCGCACAGAGGCGAGCUGGAGGCGCGGCUGUAGCGGACAGAAGUGAAGGUCGAUUGCGAGGGAGAAGCCUUCUGGCUGGCGAAGAUUCUCGCCUUCUGGCUGGCGAAGAUUCUCGCCUUCUGGCUGGCGAAGAUUCUCGCCUUCUGGCUGGCGAAGAUUCUCGCCUUCUGGCUGGCGAAGAUUCUCGCCUUCUGGCUGGCGAAGAUUCUCGCCUUCUGGCUGGUGUGUCUGCGCAGCAGACACAGUGUGUGGACAGUCGGCAGACUCCUUGCGGCGUUUUCGCAACACAGCCUGGGCCUUUUGCCGCUUCUCUGGCGGCGAACGCUCCUCUGGCUCCUGAAGCUCCAGGCGCGGACGAUCGGACAGGCUCGAAGCUACCAGCUGCGCCUGAGCCUUCCAACGUUUCCUGUCCCUCCUGUGGAAGCGCACUCGUCUUCGUCCCCGCCCCGCAGCCCCAAGGCAAGGCCCGCGAAUCAGACUCGAUUCAGCUUACCCCCUCUUCGUCUUCUUCUCCGUUGCGCUGCUCGUCUCCCCCUCCGCCGUUUCCUUCUCCUUCUCCCUCUCGGACAUCUGCGUCAACUUCUGUUUUUGACGCGGGCCGGUUUCGCUGCGCUCGCGGCCGAGCCUGUCCAGGCCAGGUGUCGCGGCUUCUGCUUCGUCUCCUCGACCGCGCAUGCUUGAACGUUCGCGCGCCUCCGACGACGUUCUUUUUUCACCUGCAUGCGAGCGGCCUUCUUCUGAGACCCUCCGAUUUCCUUCGUCUCUGCUUUCUGUACCACGAGAAGCGCCAUCUGAUUUUCGCCUCAACGCCUGCCGAGACACCCAAAGCCGGAAACAGACUGCGACGCGACACCAGGAAGAACGACCCGGGACUUGGCAAGUCGCCGACUGACGCCUGUCCAGCGGAUGGGCCCUUUCCCACGCAUGCACGUCAAGGAGAAGCCUCCGCGUCUUCUUCCCGCUCCCCUGCUGAUUUUCGAGCCUCUCCGCAGGGUUGUCUGUUUCGAGAGCACGCGGAGGGAGAACACGCACCGGCGCCGCGAACUCGCACACGCAGAGCAAAAGCGGGAGAGGACCAAAUCGAAAAGCUGCCGUCGCUCUUCGAUGUUUGCAGGCCGCAAAGCGACAGCAAUCGCCCUCCCCCCGUCUUCCUCAGGGGGUCCGAGCUCGACGACCCGCGAAUCAUUCCGAAAGUCCUCGGCCUCACCUCGCCGUCUGCAGGUCGAUCUCCGUCACCCAACGCUCGUCUGCCGCCCUCGGCCUUGCUCGCGGCGCCGCGGCUUAUACUCGGAGAAAAGUUGGGCAAGGGCGACAGCGCUGGCGCAGAGUGUCUCGGCGAGGGAAAGACAAGGCGCGGAUGUCGCUCGGGCAUUCCUCUCCUUCGGGGGUGGGAGAGUUUGGUGAAGAGAGUCGUGGACAGGUGCGAAGAGGGCGUGCCUCUUCACACGCUCAUUUUUGCUCUCUCGGUCGAGCGUCUCGGCCUCCGUGCCUCGAAGCAAGUCGCCCAGGCCUGUGGCGAGACGGUCGAGGGCCUACUUCACUUCCUGAGAUGGCUGCGAGACGCUCUAGAGAAGGGCGAAAACGACGGAGAAGAAGACGGAAGCGGAGAAAGAAAACAAGGGCCAAGAGAGGGAACAGGUGACCGCGAAGCGAGCGAGGGUCGAGGCGAAGCAGAAAGACAACAUAUCAGGAAGGAAGGUCACACACUUCGGGGAAUGGAUGACGGAGUGCCGCGGGGCUUUUCGGCCCCUGUGGCGUCUUCGCUGAAGUCUGGUGAAGCUUCUUUCCCGCCUUCGGGUUCCUCGUUUUCUUCGUCUUUGCCGGCGUCUGCGUGUUCGCUUGCAACGCUUCUCCAUUCCGAUCCCCAGUCGUCCUUCUCCCCAUCGGCCUUCCUGAGGAGCCUCCCAGAGACUCCUGAAGAAAUGAAAGUCGCCUUCCUGUCUCUUCCAGAGACGCUUCGUUCUCGCCUCUCCUUCGUGUUCGCGGAUGAUGAGAACGUGCGCGAACUUCUGCUCCUUGCUGCCUACUGCCGGGGGAAUUGCAAGCAGCCUUUGCCGCACCCUCUCGCCCCGGGUGUCUCCGCUGUCUCCCUCAGGGCCGCCCUCUGCUCUCCCGCGUCUCCUGCGAGUCAGGCUAAGUUUCCAACUGCCCCGUCUCCUGCAUUUUCAAAUGCGUCCGUCUCCUCGCUGUCGCCGCGGGAGACCAGUCACUUACCCCCCCCUGCGAGAGACAGGAACGCUGCCCCGAUUGGGGAGAGCGAGCGAAUCUGCUGA